AUGGUUUAUUUUGUGGACAGUGGCUCGUGGCCUCGGGUCCACGCCGCCGGCGUCGUGUUCUACCUGCAGGCAGUUUUCCUCUCCGGUCUCGCUGGGCCGCAGUCGCUGCGGCUGCUGGCGGUGAUGUCUUUCAAGGGCAUCAACACCUACAACGCAGAGGAGCUGCAGGGGCUCUACCUGGAGUUUCUAGCCUAUCUAGACGAGGCCCGCGUGAAGUGGGUCCGAGUCGGGUAUCUGCGACGUUUGGCCGGAUUGGGUUCUCAGAUGGUUCGUUGCCAGGAGGUCCCUGAUGUCGAGGCGGUUGUCGGCAGCGAGGGCUUCCCGUGUUCGAGGGAUCAGCAGAAGCCCAGGUACGUGGUGUCUCACCCGUGGAUGUCGCCGGCCCACCCAGACCCUGGAGGAGAGAAGCUGCAGAAGCUAGUCGAGCAGCUGAACCUUCUUGGUGCCUCUGACCACGAAGCCGUAUUUGUUGACUACAUGGGGCUUCCCCAGCACGACGCGCAGGACCCGGACCUGCAGCGGCUGGACGGCGAGAGCAGGUGGCCCAAGCCCGGCGAGCACCCGGCGGUCCGCACGGAGGCCGAGGAGCUCCUGUUCAAGAGGGCGCUCGGCUCGUUCGAGAAGCUUUACAGCGUGGCGGGCGUGCGCGUGAUAGUGCUGCCCAUGAGUGGCAGGCUGGCGGCAGGGCAGGACUACAUGUCGCGGGGCUGGUGCUUUCUCGAGUUCUGCCUCGCUUACAGCUUCGGCAACAUCGGCAAUCGGGAGGUGGACCCCGACGUCGAGAGGCUGUGCGGAAUCGCGAGCGACCUGAAGGCGAACACGGUGAAAGGGUUCCGCAAGGCAUUUCAACGCACGCAUUUUACGUGCAGUGGGGACGAAGCCGUGGUCCUUAGGCUAUUCGAGCAGACCCUGAGAAAGAAAGCCGUCGUGCGACGCAGUCUGGAGAUCGUUUAG